AUGCUCCAGGACAUCUUGCAAGACGUUGUCCCCGAUCGUUGGGAGCUUAGGACUUGGCGCGCCGCCUCCGCCGCCCGGAUCCAGCUCCGGAGCCGCAAAAGGCUGGAGCGUGGUGAUGCGUGGUCUGUGUGCAACUUCAUCCAGCGCGAUGCCGCGCAACGCCUGCGCCAGUCCAAGCGCUACGACCUGGCUCAGAAGCAGGGGCUUGCGGACUUCCUGAAAGAUGCGGACAUCCGCUUGGUGCACACCCCGGGCUGCAGUGUUGUGCGAGCCGACUUCAUUCGGAAGCUGGACCGGGAAGGACAGCGUCUCCCGCGGCGCCAGGAAGCGGAGUCCGCCUACGUGGACUGCCGCACGGCACUGGUGACUCACGAAGAGGUCCAAGUCUGGGCCGAUGGCAAGGCGCCUGACGGCACCCAGGUAAUCUCGGUGUCCCACUGCUGGGAGGCUCUUACGGGAAAGGAGUGGCUUUUCAUCGACUACGUUUCUCUGCAUCAGUUCCAGC